AUGUCUUUGGAGUUGGAAGAACGUAAUUUAAAACUAAUCGACAGCUAUUUAUUUCUUUCGAUGAGGUUAGCAAAAUUUCCCGAAGCUUUGGGGAUUGAAAACAUGGCGAAGGGUUACCACCCCUAUUUGUUUACGGAUUUAAAUUAUGUCGGCGACAUGGUGGGGUUAGAAUAUUUUGAACUCCCCCCUGAGGGCAGUAAAGAGCGAAAAGCUUUUGAUAAGUGGUAUAAACAGCAACAGAGUAAACGUAUGUUUUUCGCAAGGUGAUAUAUUAUUAUUGUCGUCUGGAUGUUGACAUCUUGAGACAGGGUUGCAUUAUAUUCUCGAGACUUAUUCAUCAGAUUACGGGUGUAUUACCCUUUUACGACCGCACAUGUAAUACUGUGGCGGGUUUGGCUCUAAAAAUAUAUCGCAAAAAAUUUUUAAAAGAGGAACAAAUCGGACAAGUACCCGCAUGCGGUUAUGGGGGUAAGAAUAUUAACCAAAGUGCAAUCGCCCUAUGUUGGUUGAAAGAUAUUGAAACAACGCUAAAUGAAAAUAAUCUAAGAUUGACCAGUAAGCUUAGUGUUGGGGGUGAGGCGUGCGUUAUGUCGACGGGUAUUGUGAAAAGACCAAAACAAUUUAUCAGUUUCACGGGUGUUUCUAUCACGGUUGUGAUCGUUGUUACGAUGGCGAUUGUUACAAUAGCGUUUUGUGUGAGAAAUUUUUUACACUAUUCGCUAGCACGCAAAGAUUGUCGAGAACGUUUCGACAAGCCGGCUAUACGGUUAUUGAGAAAUGGGAAUGUGAUUAUCGUAACGAUGUUGAUAUGACACCGUAUCGUUUAAAACAAUUGCAGCUAACAUCAUUUUUUGAAUUCAUCCAACUGGAGCCACGUGACGCACUUUUUGGCGGUCGCACAUCUUCCGCAACGUUAUAUUACGAUAUGAAGCACAGCGGUUUACCAGCGAUGUAUUUCGACGUAUGCUCUCUUUACCCGUAUGUGCAGAAAAAAUUUGAAUAUCCUACGCAACAUCCGGUCAUCCUUCAUGGUCUCGCAUGUCAAAACAUCGACGUAAAUCACGUGUUUGGUUUAAUUAAGUGUAAAAUUCUUCCGCCGACACACUUAUUGUUUCCUGUAUUGCCCUUUCGUUCAGAGAAAUUAACAUUUCCCCUGUGUCGUACGUGUGUGCUACGACAGCAACGUGAUAGAUGUGAUCACAAUGACGAACAGCGUGCACUAUAUGGCACGUGGACAAGUAUCGAAAUUCAGAAAGCCCUACAAUUAGAUUAUCAUAUCUUAAUUGUCUAUGAAAUUUAUCAUUAUGAGAAACGUGAGAAAAUAUUCGAUCAAUAUGUAAAUACAUUUAUAAAACUUAAGCAAGAAAGUAGCGGGGUUCCAAAAAAAUGUCUAGACAAAGACGGUGCGGUUGUAAAAGAAAAGUUGCAGAAGUAUAUUGACGAUUAUCUAAAACAUGAGGGGGUUCUUUUGGAGUCCGAUAAAAUGUGCUAUAAUGCCGGUCAGAGAACAGUUAUGAAAGCGUUAUUGAAUUCCUUGUGGGGUAAAUUGGCCCAAAAUGAAAAUGUUACGGUUGUGUCAUUUUUAGAAAGCAUGGACGAUUUGUUAGAAUUAGUAAAUGACCGCACUGUGGAUGUAACCUCAUUAGAUUUUAUUAGCGGUAAUAUUGCAAGAACGACCCACAGAAAAACAGCUAGUUUAACGCCACUACCCAACCGCAAUGUGAUUAUUGCAUCGUUUGUCACAGCGUAUUCGCGUUUGGAAUUAUUAGUAUAUUUGCUUAAAUUAGGCUCGAAUGUUCUGUAUUAUGAUACGGAUUCGGUAAUUUUUAUCGAGGAUCGUGCAAACGGGAAAUAUUUGGAAACCAGCGAAUAUUUGGGUCAAAUGACCGAUGAGUUAGUUGAAAAGAAAACAAGCACAAAAUGGAUUGAGCAAUUUUGUUCGGCAGGUCCGAAAUCCUAUUCGUAUCGUACGAAUGUUUAUACGCGGUACAACGACGACGGUAGCGAAAGCAAACAAUAA